CCUCACCUGCUCAAAGUCGGCUUCGUUGCGUUUGUGGCUGGCAAUUGCUGAUUAAUAUUCAUAGUAAGAAAUAUGAAAUGCUUGUUUUGAGCGGUCAUGGAUUUUCCGAGUCGGGAGAUAUUGUGUAGUAUUUGGGGAGCACCUUUGAUUGCGUUUGUCGCGUAAACGUGGUGGGCUCAGAGAACAACAGUUCAGAAUCAACUUUUCCUCACUGCGCCGCUUGGGAUUUUUGGCUCAUCAUUUCAAGAACAUGUUCGCUGGGGUACCAUCCGUGCACUCGUCGGCGCUUGCUGCUAACGAGCAUCGGGAUUCCGUCGUGGACCAUACCUCUUGAGUGCAAUGGAUUACUAACACCUUUUGCAUGAGUGAAUUCCGUAGUAUUUGGAGGAAAAUACUGCAUUCAUGGUGUUUGAACAAGAAAACGAACUUUUACCAACUUUGUAGAUUUGGAUUGUUUUUGCUUAUUUUAUUAUUGUAAUUGGACUUUCUUUGUUUCUGUUCAUUUACUGCUUGGAGUGUUAGAUUUUUUUUCUCGUGGAAAUUUUUAAUAAUAAACAAUGGAGCAUACUGGCAUUGAACAAGUGAAUCAGACGCACCAGCAGCAUGAGCCCAUCAGUUUCGGCAUUGAUCAGAUAUUGAAUAACACAGACCAACAAAGCAGCUGUAUGCUGCCCAGCAGGGCUAAUGAGACGGAUUACCAGUUAGCCACCAACGUUUACGCCAAUGGGUACAACAGCGUCUACAACCCUGCCUGCUCGAUGGGCGCGGGGCUGGCAGGCUCCUACAACGUUAACAUGAACAUGAAUGUCAGUAUGAAUAUGAACGUUAAUGUGAACCCCGGUGCUGCUGGAGGAGUUAUCCGGGUACCAGCUCACAGGCCCAUGCCACCAACUGCUCACCCACCGCCCCCGCCCCAUCCACCGGGAAUAUCGGCUGGCAUGCCCACUGUGCCCUCGGUACCCACCAUGGGUAAUGUGGCCAGCUUUACCUUUCCGUGGAUGGAAAGCAGUAGACGAUUUGCGAAAGACAGGUUGACAGCUGCCCUGUCUCCUUUUUCGGUCACUAGAAGAAUUGGACAUCCCUACCAAAACAGAACACCUCCCAAAAGGAAAAAACCCAGGACAUCUUUUAGCCGCGUUCAGAUUUGUGAGCUGGAAAAACGAUUCCAUCGACAGAAGUACCUUGCAUCUGCAGAACGUGCUACCUUGGCAAAGGCUCUGAAGAUGACUGAUGCACAAGUCAAGACCUGGUUCCAGAACAGGAGGACAAAAUGGCGGAGGCAGACAGCAGAGGAACGGGAAGCAGAAAGGCAGCAGGCCAAUCGACUGAUGUUACAGCUUCAGCAGGAGGCUUUUCAGAAGACAUUAAGUCAGCCUCUUCAACAGGACCCGCUCUGCUUGCACAACUCAUCUUUAUAUGCCUUGCAAAACCUUCAGCCCUGGGCAGAGGACAAUAAAGUGACCUCUGUCUCAUCGGUCGCAUCAGUAGUUUGAAGGAGGAAAAUGAUACACACCUUUCUAUUUGGGUCAAAGCAAACAAAAGAAUAAAGACAGAGAAAACAAACAAUGCUGAAGACUCCAUCACUACACUAUAUACCUUAUCACUAAGAUGUACUCACACUGGAAUACUGAACUCUUAACAUUUACUAGGGCCUAUUUUAAACAUUAGAUGUUAAAAGAACUCAGUGAUUUGACCAUCUUUGCCUCUUUUUAUGACUUAAAAUUGUCUUUUGCAAUUUAGGGCAUGUAAAAAAAACACUGUCAAACAAUGUAAAGCCAACUUACUGUGUGUAAAAAAUUGCAAAACAAAAUCUGGCAGAAGGAUAUCUGCAUUGAACCAUUAGUGAGUAUAUGUCAACACGUCAAAGCCUGCCAUAUCUAAAUUGUCUUUCUUACUAAGCUCAGGCUGCAUUCUCUUGAAUCUUCCGAUUGUGGUCGGAAUGGCAGAUAUAAUGACAAACCCUUCUUUAAAAGCUGAGACAAUGAAGAAUACCAAAGUUCAAUGUUUUUCACCCUGCAAUACCACAUUAUGUCCAAGUUUCAGAUUUUGCCAUUUCAAAAACAUUCAUAAUGUAACAUUGGUAAAAUAAAAUGAAACAAAAUAACAUUAGCAAGCCCUCCUACAAAUCACGUUUCUUAGUGUGACCAUUCUUUUCUAUAUUCUGAUAAUUUUAUUAGAAAUAUGCAAUUUUUUUUAUAUGCAGUCAUUGUGCACUUUUAUUAAGGGCAGUUGAGAUGUUCCAAUGAAAAUAAGAUUAUACUGUGUUGUAUUUAGCUGGGUAAAUAUACAUCUACAAUACACAUAUAAGUAUAAUACAUACAUUUAUAGCAUCCUGUGACCAUGAAUUAGAAUAAACAGAUUUGAGAAUGUGAUGUUAUAUUAAAUUAGCUAUAAAUAGUUAAAUAGUCAAAUAUACUGUGUAUAUAUAUAUAUAUAUAUAUAUAUAUAUAUACCAAUUAUAAAAACAAGGUUUAAUGUAAAUUCCAAUUACAGGGGAUGAGGAACCAUCAUGUAUACAUUCGAUACAAGACAGAAGACAACCAUUCCCACAACUACACCCUCUCAUCCAGAGCCAAUACAGAGUCACAAAUUGACCUUGCAUGUUCAAAACUAUCUAAUUAUUACAUCACAUUUUAAGCCACCUGGCAUAAGGAGACCACAGAUUAACACUGUAUAUUAUCUUAAUGUAUAAUGUCUCUAUUUUAAUUCCUUCCACAAAUUAAAAGGAGUAAACAAGCAAACUUAACACAAGACUGCAAGGACUUGCUUCACUCAUUUAAAUCUAUGAGGUUAGUGCAAGCGCCUGCCUACUUAAACUGUUACUAGUGAGUCCCAGAUAAAAGAACACAAUGCUGUGAAAGCAAAAUCCAAAACAAAACAUAUUAUAACCAGUGAUCAUACAAUAACAACCAUUCCCAAAAGAUGGAUAAUCAAUGUGUAAACUGCACAAGUAAAUAUAGUCAAUUUGUAGGAAAACAUCAUGAAAGUGAUGCCAGAAUAUCCAAAGAAGAUAAAAAGUUGGAUGAUUCCUUUGAAUACAAAAGCUAAUUUUGUACAGGUGAAUAGGCAACAUAGUGUCACAUGCCAGUACUUGCUUGUCACACAAUAUUUCUGUGCAGUGUUUAUACCAAUGAGUGCACAAAGGUUCAACAGUUAUGAAAAUACAGAUACAAUAAGUAAUUGUGAGGCAGACAAAUGGUAGGAAAAUUAUUUUGAGUUAUGAUACAAAGAGCAAAAUAUCACUCAAAUGCCCCCUGGUGCUAUCUAUCUAUCUAUCUAUCUAUCUAUCUAUCUAUCUAUCUAUCUAUCUAUCUAUCUAUCUAUCUAUCUAUCUAGAUGUAAAUCUGAAGUGCCCAGAUUUGAAUCAAAUACAACAAACACAGAGAAAGGUACACACAGAUAUCUGACUUAAUUCAUGGAUACAUACAUAUGCAUCAUCAUUUACAAUGCAACUGCUGUGCACAGAGUAAACCACACAUCCCUGAAUAUCGACUCAGACAUACAGAGAGAUUUCCUAUAAAAAAUGUCUAUACUAUAUAAUACCUAUACAUAACAAGCUGUGUUUUAUAAAUGAAAAUGUAAAUAUUAUUUAUAAUAUAUAUGUAACAGUAAAUAAAAGUCAAUGACAAGGGGUAUUCUUUCACAUUAAAUACCACCUGUGUCCCCAUUUUAAAAUAAAAGGUGAGUUGAUACAAAGAAAGAACAAUUGGCAUUAUACUAUUUACUAAGGUUAGUACCAUGUUAGACCUCUGUCUAUAUUAUAUUUCUGCUAAUUAAAAUUCCUAAUUCUUGGUGGAAAAUUUCAUUGCUUUAGUCUUCAUGACUAAUUAUCAUUCAUCCAUUUUCAGUGUUGUCGUUUCUAAUUACAGCAUCAUACUGAGCAGAGCCAAACCUGGCAGGACUGAGCAAUAGGCAGGAAUCAACCCUGUUGGCAGUUCAUAUUGUGAACCCAAGUUCAUGCUAAUUUUUAACUGGGUACACAAAUGGCAGAUUAAGUGGUUUGCUGAAUUUAAACAGACAUAGCUUGAGUGAGCAUGGGCAUGUGAAUGAGUUUUCCAUGAAAUGAGAUGCUAUUUCAUCCAGGGUUGUUUCCUGCCCUGUCCUUGAUGCUCCAGAGAUAGACUUUUGUCACUUGCAGCUUACAUAUUGUAUUAAACUGUUACAGAGAAUGGAUGGAUAACUAUUUAAGGUAUGUGCAGUAUAUUUAUGAAUGGGUAGGUG